UAAAGUUGCAUUUUGUUACUCCAAAUCAAGCUUGUUUCUGAGAGGAAAAAACAAUUUUGAUUUAUACCAACCUAACACCUUCAAUUUCUUUUUUCUAAAUGAGAUUUAUCUCCAGUAAUCCACUUUCAAAAUCCUCUUCCACAUUUUUUUUCAAACAUGUGAAUUAGUGACAACAAAUUCUCUAGUAGUAGUUAUUGUUGUCCUGUGUCUUUGUUCUUUUGGUGGGUUGUCUUUCAAGUUUCAUCUUACAUGUCCUUGAUUUUGGAACCCUUUUCUUUGCCACCAUCAAAACCACCAAUUCAAAAUUCUACCAAACGAAAGAAACCACCUUGCUUAUCCCUUGGUCCCUCAAACUCCACUACUGCACAUGAAAACACAAAAACCCACUUGACCCUUCAUGAGAGUUCUACCACAAACUAUGCUUUGAUUCUUGAGUCCUGUGAAUCCCUCAGUUUGGGAAAACAGGUGCAUGCUCACUCCAUAAAAGCUGGGUUUCAUGGGCAUGAGUUUGUUGAAACCAAGUUGCUUCAGAUGUAUUGUAGUAAAGGCUCUUUCGAAGAUGCAUGUAUGGUGUUCGACACAAUGCCCCUGAAGAAUUUGCACUCUUGGACUGCACUCCUGCGUGUUCAUGUUGACAUGGGGUUCUUUGAAAAAGCGUUUUUCCUGUUUGAAGAACUGCUUCAUGAGGAAAGGCUGGGAGUGGAAUUGGAAUUUUUCGUGUUCCCCGUGGUGCUGAACAUUUGUUGUGGUCUAGGUGCUUUGGAGCUGGGGAGGCAGCUUCACGGGAUGGUAUUGAAACAUGGGUUUGUUACCAAUGUUUAUGUGGGAAAUUCUUUGGUAGAUAUGUAUGGUAAAUGUGGGAGCUUGGAUGAUGCCAAGAAAGUUCUACAAGGAAUGCCCCAAAAGGAUCGUGUCUCAUGGAAUUCUAUUAUUACUGCUUGUGCUGCCAAUGGGAUGGUAUAUGAAGCAUUGGAUCUCUUGCACAAUAUGUCUGAGGGUGAGUUGGCUCCCAACCUUGUUUCUUGGAGUGCGGUUAUUGGAGGAUUCUCGCAAAAUGGUUAUGAUGUUGAGUCGAUUCAACUGCUGGCCAAAUUGCUAGGAGCAGGGAUGAGGCCGAAUGCUCGAACUCUUGCAAGUGUUCUUCCUGCUUGUGCCAGGAUGCAAUGGCUAUGCCUUGGGAAAGAGUUUCAUGGCUACAUCGUUAGGCACGAGUUCUUCUCUAAUGCUUUUGUUGUGAAUGCAUUAGUGGACAUGUAUCGAAGGUGUGGCGAUAUGAAAAGCGCCUUUAAAAUAUUUUCCAAGUAUGCAAGAAAAUGUGCAGCGACUUACAAUACAAUGAUAGUUGGUUAUUGGGAAAAUGGAAAUAUCUUAAAGGCCAAGGAAUUGUUUGAUGAGAUGGAGCAGGAAGGUGUAGUGAGGGACAUGAUAUCAUGGAAUUCUAUAAUAUCAGGGUAUGUGGAUAAUUUCAUGCUUGAUGAAGCCUUGAGGUUGUUCCGGGAUUUACUGAAUGAAGGAAUUGAACCUGAUUCCUUCACUCUUGGGAGUGUCCUUACUGGCUGUGCGGAUACAGCUUCUAUUCGACAAGGGAAAGAGAUACAUUCUCAAGCAAUUGUCAGAGGUUUGCAGUCGAACUGUUUUGUUGGUGGAGCUUUGGUAGAAAUGUACUCUAAAUCUCAGGACAUAGUGGCUGCUCAAUUGGCAUUUGAUGAAGUGAGUGAAAGAGAUCUAGCAACUUGGAACUCUUUGAUAUCCGGCUAUGCCCGCUCUAAUCGAAUAGAUAAGAUGGGAGAGCUUCUUCAGCAAAUGAAAGGGGAUGGCUUUGAAGCCAAUGUGCAUACAUGGAAUGGUAUUUUGGCUGGCUGUGUGGAAAAUAGACAAUACGAUUCAGCAAUGCAAAUGUUCAAUGAAAUGCAAGUUUCAAAUUUGAGGCCUGAUAUAUACACAGUUGGAAUAAUUUUAGCAGCAUGUUCCAAAUUGGCUACAAUCCAACGAGGAAAGCAGGUCCAUGCAUAUUCCAUAAGAGCCGGGCACGACUCUGAUGUUCAUAUUGGAGCUGCCCUAGUGGACAUGUAUGCAAAAUGUGGGAGUAUUAAACACUGCUAUGCAGUUUACAGCAAGAUAUCAAACCCUAAUUUGGUUUGCCACAAUUCCAUGCUCACUGCUUGUGCCAUGCACGGACACGGUGAAGAAGGAAUCGCGCUUUUUCGCAGAAUGUUGGAUGGUGGAAAAGUUAGACCGGAUCACGUGACUUUCCUAUCAGUUCUUUCUUCAUGUGUUCAUGCAGGAUCAAUUGAGAUUGGUCAGGAAUGCUUUAAUUUGAUGGAAACGUAUAAUGUGACUCCCACAUUGAAGCAUUAUACAUGUAUGGUUGAUCUCAUGAGUCGCGCAGGCAAGCUUGUCGAAGCAUAUCAACUUAUCAAGAACAUGCCGAUGGAAGCUGAUUCAGUGACCUGGAGUGCUAUGCUUGGAGGUUGUUUUAUUCAUGGUGAAGUUACCUUUGGUGAAAUUGCUGCAAAAAAGCUCAUAGAAUUGGAGCCGUAUAACACUGGAAACUAUGUUAUGUUAGCAAACUUGUAUGCUUCUGCAGGAAGAUGGCAUAAUCUGGCUCAAACCAGACAAUUGAUAAAAGAUAAGGGAAUGCAUAAGAAUCCAGGAUGCAGUUGGAUAGAAGAUAGAGAUGGGGUUCAUGUAUUUCUUGCUAGUGAUAAAGCACAUAAAAGAGCAUAUGAGAUAUAUUCUGUGCUGGAUAAUUUGACUAAUUUGAUUAGAAUAAAGCCUACGACUCAUUCAUAACAUAAGCAAGUAGUCGUUAAAUAUUUAAUUAUGAAGAAUGUGAUUAAUAAAUUUGUCAAUAUAUCAUAAGCGCAUACAUCAACUUGACACAAGGUUGUUUUAACUUAAGCAGAUGUCUCGAGUUCGAGUAUCUAUGAAUACAAUUUCGUUAAAUACUUAGUAGGGAGAGUUAUGUCGUACAUAGUAGUUUUACCCGGUUCGAAAUUGAGAAAAUAAACAAACCAAAAACAAAUUUGUCAUUAUGCGCCUCAGG